AAAAUUGUGAGUUUUUUUGCUUUUAUUUUGAUGUUUUUUAUGUUUGUGGUUUUGUGGCUCUUAAGGUUUGAUUGAUAGUUCAUGACAACAAAAUUAUGUGUGUUAGUAACUUUUUAUACUGACACAUAGGAACACCACACACGAUACCAGCACUAGACACUGUAAUCAACUGCAUCAGAAGCAGAAGCACUGACACCGGAAACACAACAUCCGUAAUAAUUUGAAAAAAUAAAUAAAUUGAAUGUAAUCACAAGUGUUGUGCGAGUUUCGUACAAUGAUUCAGAGGUGUCGGUGCUUGAGAGGAUUGGAAAAUGGGUCAAGCUUUGGGAUGCUACCAAGUGGAUCAGUCCAAUGUUGCUAUAAAGGAGCAAUUUGGGAAAUUUAUUGAUGUUUUGGAACCUGGAUGUCAUUGCCUACCUUGGUGUCUUGGUUACCAGAUAGCUGGUGGAUUAUCGCUUCGUGUCCAGCAACUCGAUGUUAAAUGCGAGACGAAAACAAAGGAUAAUGUUUUUGUGAAUGUGGUUGCGUCUGUACAAUACCGCGCUGUCGCUGAUAAAGCGUCUGAUGCCUUUUAUAAGCUCACCAACACAAGGGAACAGAUCCAAUCAUAUGUUUUCGAUGUUAUAAGGGCCAGCGUGCCAAAGUUGGAGCUGGAUGCGGUCUUUGAGCAGAAGAAUGAUAUAGCAAAGGCCGUCGAAGAUGAGCUCGAGAAGGCGAUGUCGACCUACGGUUACGAGAUAGUCCAGACUCUCAUUGUUGAUAUUGAGCCUGAUGUGAAUGUCAAGAGAGCAAUGAAUGAGAUCAAUGCAGCCUCAAGAAUGAGGUUGGCUGCAAACGAGAAAGCCGAAGCAGAAAAGAUAUUGCAGAUCAAGAAAGCUGAAGGAGAAGCCGAGUCCAAGUACCUAUCAGGACUCGGUAUAGCUCGUCAACGUCAAGCUAUUGUAGACGGACUGAGGGACAGUGUUCUUCAGUUCUCUGAGAACGUACCCGGAACAUCGGCUAAAGAUGUCAUGGACAUGGUGCUGGUAACUCAAUACUUCGACACCAUGAAGGAAAUUGGAGCGUCGUCGAAAUCUUCAUCUGUGUUCAUACCACAUGGUCCUGGUGCUGUUAGAGACAUUGCUGUACAGAUAAGGGAUGGUCUCCUUCAGGGAAAUGCUGCAAACAUAUAAGUGCUUUUGAAGAUCUUCCAAAAAAAAGUGCUUUUGAAGAUACUAUAAAUGCUUUUUAUGCUUGAAAUAUGCUUGCUUUUUUACGUUAUUAUUAUAUUGUAGAGAUGAACAUCGGAAUCUCUAGUUUUAUAUUUUGAGUGGUAAUUUGCAAAUUUUCAAUUUUUGUUUGUUAAUAAUAUAAUUAGAGGAUUGCUAUUA